AUGGUGGCUUCAAUCGGAGUUGUAGGGUUGUGUACCAAUUCAUUAGUGCUGAUUCUGUAUUGCAGAUUCAAACCAUUAAGAACUCCAACAAAUCUUCUCUUGGUGAAUCUCAGUUUCAGUGACUUUGUGUUCUCACUUUUUGGGCUCAGUUCUAUUUUUGCAUCAUGUGUAAGCCGGAAGUGGAUCUGGGACAAAGCAGGAUGCAUUUUUGUUGGAUUGUGUGAAAAUCUAUUGGGCUGUGUGUCAAUCUUUACACUUACUGUUGUGGCGUACGAACGAUAUAUCCGAGUGGUAUUUGAAAAAGUUGUUGAUUUCCCUUGGUCAUGGAAAGCUAUCACUUCUGUCUGGUUGUGUUCCAUGGCCUGGACUUCAGCACCAUUAAUGGAAUGGAACAGAUAUAUUCUAGAACCCCAUGGACUAGAUUGCUCCUUGGACCGGGUAUCAACAGAGACGAGCCAAUCCUCUUUCAUUCUCCUUUCAUUUUUAGCUUGUUUUGUUGCCCCAGUGAGUAUUAUGAUUUACUGCUAUGGCUACAUCCUAUACUCAAUCCGAAUGCUUCGAAAGUUACAAAGUGUUGAAACAAGUCAUGUGCUCAGACUUUUGCACUAUGAAGUAAAAGUGGCUAUAAUGUGUCUUCUGAUGAUUUUGGCCUUUCUUCUUUGCUGGAUGCCUUACACAGUGCUGUCUUUUCUGGCAAUGAGUGGCCAUGGUAACAUGAUUACCCCAGCAACAGCCAUUGUGCCCUGCGUUUUGGUCAAAAUAGGUGCUGCAACAAAUGCAAUCAUCUAUAUACUAACAAACAAAAAGGUAAGCAACAUUCCUUUAUAUUAUUUUACAUAUCUUCUUUUAUCAAACUUAGUAACUAUAGUGCUACCUUCAAAAUAG